CAAACUUGGUGCCUUGAUCCCCUAUCCCCAACGCGCCUUAACAGGAAAUGUAUGCAGGAAAUGAAGCGCUUGUUGCGAAUGGUGCUGCCACGAUGAAGAGCGGAUCUCCGCAAGCAUCAUCCAAGGCUACAACUGCUCUUCUUUGGGCGGUGUUGCCAGGCUUGGGUCUCACUUUCUUGUUCACUUCAUCGUUGAAAGCUGCGUUUUUGCCUGUCCUUCUGGCACCUACGUUCUGCCUCUUUUGGGUGAAUCAGUCUUUUCCUGUAACGAAGCGGGCAGAUCUUAAAACACUCAUUUGGACUUAUGUCUUGACUGGAACUAUCGGCACAACUCUUGUCGUUGUAUUUCAGUCUUUGCUUUCCUAUGGCUUCGCCGUCGUCAUUUUUGGCUCCGACUUGGAUACAUAUUUCAAAGAGUUCGGAAAAAGUGAGAAAAUUUUAAUGGAGGCAGAUGAAGAAACUUUGUCCAGGAGGCGAGAAAUGGCCGGCCGGUGGGGAUAUUGGCUUUACUUGGUCUUUCUGGCUUUCAUCACGGCAGGGCUUAUCGAGGAGUACAUGAAGUAUUGUGCGUUGAACUUGGCACGCCGCUAUGGUCGAGUCACGAAGCAACGAGACUUCCUCACAGUGGCAGUAGCGGCUGCUUUGGGUUUCAGCACGAUUGAAAACAUUGGCUUUGUGUAUGCUGCCGUCCGAGAGAAGCAGCCUACAAAUGAGCUUUUCUUAACAGUUGCUGAACGUGUGGUUGUUGGUUCUACCGGUCACUCUCUGCCAGCCCUGCUGGUCGGUAUCAAUGCCGUUCAGGAAAACUAUCACAAUCAGCCGACGAGUUUGUUUGUUGUAAUUCGAGAUGCCGUGUUAUUUCAUGGCUCAGCGGAUUUUAUGUUAUUCGCAAUCAGUGCCAUCGACGGGAACGUUGGAUGGGUUCACCCUCGAGGGUCUUUAAUGUACCUGAUGUUCGCGCUGGUCAUCAUAAUGCAGUCAACAUUUGGGUGUUAUGUACGACAGAAGCUAAAGCGGUCUUCAUGACUUGUCUCUGGGUUGUAUGGACAAUGGCUGGUGGCAUUGAAGGCCGAGCAUAGUUAGCGGCCACCACGUUGAAUCUUGUAAUAGAGCGGCUCCACUGUACUCUUUACGCAUAUGGACAAUGCGUUCUCAAGACAAUUUCGACUGGACCGAGAGCAAAAGGCGGCAGUGCGAGUUUUGGACGUUGUGAAAAUAGAAUUGGUGGUUUGGAAAAUGGACGAGUGCUCAUGAGAAGGCGUGGUUGUUGGUUUAGAAGACGACCAGUUCAUCGUAGCAAGGCGGACAUGAUGAAUAUCGACGACAACAAGAGUAUUUCUCAAAAGGCUGAGGUUUGUCCAAACUAUAUUACAUAUGGAUCCAUUUGUGGGGGCACGCUAGGUUUGCCUCAGGCGGGAGAAGGACGUUGGGAAUGCUGCUCUGGUAGCCAGGCAGGUAAAUGCGUUUGAUCUGUCUAUAGCACUGGCAUUCCAACUCUCAU